ACAUCUCUCUGCCAUUUCCGGCACACACACACAGGCAAGGAAAACAUGAGAGGUCAAAAGUUAUGAUCCUAAUCUUUAUCGGAAACGUAACGUAACACACAGACAUGGCCAGUUCCAUGGUGGCGGUGGGACUGGCUCUGGCAGCAGCUGGAUUUGCAGGUCGCUAUGCCAUGAAGGCCAUGAGGCAGAUGGAGCCACAGAUGAAGCAGGCUCUUCAGAGCUUCCCCAAAUCGGCGUUUGGUGGAGGGUACUAUAAAGGUGGAUUUGAGCCAAAGAUGAACAAGAGAGAAGCUUCCCUGGUUUUAGGUGUCAGUCCUACAGCCAACAAGAAUAAGAUCAGAGAGGCACAUAGAAAACUGAUGAUCUUGAACCAUCCAGACAGAGGUGGCUCUCCCUACCUUGCAGCAAAGAUAAACGAAGCAAAGGAUUUCCUGGACGCCCAGACAAAGAAAUAGAAGUGAAGAUGCUGGCGAUGACAUAAAUGCGAUUCCACACUGCACUUAUUCAUGUUGUUGCACUGACUGACUUUUUUUAACUGAUUCUCAAAUAAAAUCACACUGUAAGGAUUGUUAAUUAAA